ACGAAACCUAAUGAAAACCCCUGCUCUGGUUUUCCUUCUGUUCUAAACUCUGAAGAACCCUUAGCAUUUCUCAUCUUGUCCAGGAGCUGACUCAUUGCCAAGUAAGAAACCAGAAGCUUCAGAGAUGACCUUGCAACACCAGCUGGCUUCUGGCACAGAAACCCCUGCCCUGGGUUUUGUGCCCAGCAUUCGUGCUCUGUAUGCUGCAGUGAAAGCAGAAAGAGAAGGAGAAGGGAAUAUUGGUGGAGCCAUGGCUGCCGUCCUCCUCCCAGGAAACCUUCAAGAUGAAGCCACUUGCUCGGUUUGCCUGGAAUAUUUCAAAGACCCUGUGUCCAUCCAAUGUGGGCACAAUUUCUGCCGGGCUUGUAUCACCAAGAGCUGGAAGAGCCUGGAGGUGGACUUCCCUUGCCCCCAGUGCAGGGAAGUAUUCAAGGAGAAAAGCCUCAGGCCCAACCGACAACUGGCCAACAUGUCUGAGAUCAUCAGCCAGUUCAUCCUGCAUGGUGGGAGAGGCCUUGAGGAGGACAGGAUCUGUGAGAAGCAUAAGGAAGCCCUGAAGCUUUACUGCAAAGAUGAUCAGAAGACCAUUUGUGUGGUGUGUGACCGGUCUCGGGACCACCGACCUCAUGCAGUGGUGCCUGUAGAAGAGGCAGCCCAGGAAUACAAGGAACAAAUACAGACUCGCUUGGAUUUCUUGAAGAAAGAGAGACAAGAACUCUUGGAAUUCAAAACGCAGGAUGACAAGAAGAGCCAAGAAUUGCUGAAAACCAUAGAAACUGAGAGACAGAAGGUCCUCUCUGAAUUUGAAGGGCUACGCCAGUUUCUUCAUGAACAAGAACAGGUUCUCCUUGGACAGCUGGACAAGAUGGAGAAGGGCAUCGUGAAAAGACAGAAUGAAAACAUCACAGAGCUGUCCAAGGAAAUUUCCCUCCUCAACAAAUUCAUUGCUGAUCUGGAGGACAAAAUCCAAGAACCAUUGCUUGAUUUCCUCAAGGAUGUGACAAUUACUAUUGCCAGAAGUGACAGUGUUAAAUGUCAGAAGCCUAUUCCAGUUUCCUCUGACAUGAAGGGCCACGUCUCAAAUUUCUCUCUGAAGACGGUGGCACUCAACGGAGCACUUAAGAAGUUCAAAGAUCAUCUCCGGGAUGAACUGGGGAAAGGUGAGAAAGAGGACUUGCUUCUGGAUCCGGAGACGGCCAACCAUCUCCUACUCAUCUCGCCAGACCUCAAGACGGUGCGGAUGGGCUGCCGCAAGCAAGACCUUUCUGACAACCCCAAACGCUUUGACACCAAUUCUCGAGUCCUGGCAACGGAAGGGUUCAAGUCUGGGCGGCAUUACUGGGAGGUGGAGGUGGGGUCUGCCGAUGGCUGGGCCUUUGGCGUGGCCAAGGAGUCGGUGAGAAGGAAAGGGCUGACUCAGUUUUGCCCCGAAGAGGGCAUUUGGGCCCUGCAGCAAAAUGGGGGGCAAUACUGGGCAGUCACCACCCCUCAACGCACCCCGCUUUUCCUGAACGAGAAGCUUCUUAAAGUUAGAGUCUACUUAGACUACGAAGGAGAAGAAGUGUCCUUUUACAACGCUGACACCAUGCAACACCUCUUCACCUUUAACAUCGCCUUCACAGAGAAGAUGUUCCCGCUCUUCUCGGUGUGCUCCACUAUAACCUAUAUUAAACUUUGCUGCUGAGAUUGAAAGGAUGCCUUGAUAGAAGCAGGAAGAAGCCGUGGUGGUGGAAAUGCUACUUGUUUUGAAAUAUGAGGCUGACCUCCAAGGGAGACACAAGGGUUUGUGGGAAAAAUAGGUGAGAAAAAAAACCUGGCCUCUUUCAGAUGGGAGAAGCUGGCAGUGGGGCUGAAAACUAAAUCUUGGGAAAGCUGCAGAAGAUGCCACCAAUUUAUCCAGGUGUGCAGCCCUGUUAAUAGGCUUGAUGUUUGAGCUUCUGCUUCUAACCCAAUCCUAUCACACAAUUAGGUAGGAUUGCAUCUCGCCUGUCUUGAAUAUUGAGAAGAGGUGUAAUUUCCCCCCCCCUUCCUUUGGAAAUAGCUGUAGGGAAUAAAUAUGACACAGAGAGGGUUGAGUGUGCCAAAAUUGCAUACAGGACUGUCUUUCCCCCCCCAGCUACUACGUCUUUCCUCCAAAAGAGUUUAAAAGGUGAUGAUUUGUAACAGGGAAGUGGUGGAUAAAAGGCUUUCCCUUGCCCAGUACAUUCUCUCCAGCAGGGUCUCUAAUUUGACGUUAAUAUGAACACUGAUACUAACAAAGGAGAAUAUUUGUAACUCGGGGUUGAACUGUGGGGUCCUUAGUGCUCUCUAAGCAUGGAUGUUUUCUUGCAGGCAUUUCUUUAUCCAACUAGGUAACAUAAUCAGUAUUAGAAGGGUUUACUCUGUUUAUAUACAACCGUUGGUGGGAGUGUUCUUGGUAGUUCCUUGAUUAGGCUGUUCUUUACUGUUCGAUUGUUUGUCUCAUUUGGUAGUUCCUUUCAUUGGGGUAUCAUUUACUGCUUGUAAACGUCUUGUAAACAAUCAAGAAAACAACCAAACUCUAGGAGCAUCAAGAACACCACAUAAACAUGGUUCUUAAACCAUGGUGUAGGAAAAACAGCUGGUCAAGAGACUUCAGAAGAGGGUAAAAUAUCUGCUCUCGGGGUAUCUUUGUGGAGGAAAGAGAAUAGCUUGGGGCAUCAAGAUAUGAGAUGCCCACAUACUGUGCAGUUCCCAGGGGCAGUUGAAGAAAGAUUUCAUCCUACAGAGUCAGACAAAGUUAGAGCUAAUGCAUCUGUUUACUAUUAAAAAAUAAGUACUUUUGUUAAGUUUAUUUUUUUCAGCUUUAGCUCUUGGGACUUUGGGAUAUCUCAGUGCAAAUGAUGUGUGACUGGCUCCUGAAUGCAGGGAAGAUUGUCUUUGGUGUGGCCUUGAGGAUUUUCUGCACUUGCUAUACCCUGCGGCACAGAAUUGAUUGCUCCUGGUAAAGAGGCUUUUGCAAAUAAAUCUGGAAGAUGUGUUGGAUCCCUGAAAACAUCCCUCCCUCCCCAGCCCUUGUAUAUGUACACCCAGAGAACAGCAAGCCGUUCUUUUUGUCUAGCUCAGUGGUCUUCAAACUUGGCAACUUUAAGAUUUAUGGACUUCAAUUCCCAGAAUUCUGGGAGUUGAAGUCCUCAAGUCUUAAAGUUGCCAAUUGUGGGGAUUCAGUGGGCUUUGUUUGCCCAUCCCAAAUAGCUUGGAAUAUGCCAUCCGUCGGAUGGGAUGCUGUGGACUUGCUUUACAAGAAUCUAUCAUGAAAUGGGACCUGGGAUUGACUGAGCUUUGGCGUGGCUUGGAAGAAGCACAUUUGGGAAAUACAAUAUUGAUAAUCUAGGUGUGGAUUUAACAUGCUCUCCUGUAAACUCCUACAACCCUGAAAUCAUGCUGACUCGACAUGCCCACAUGUAAAUAAACUGGUUCUUAUCAAGA